GGAGCUUCAGCAGCAGCAGCCGGAGAGGGAGACGGACAGGCGGCUGAAAGCAGCACCACACUGCGGGGGAGGGAGUGCUGAGCUCCUGCUGCACGUUCACUCUCCUGCUUCUCCUCCAGCGCGUUACAUCCGAUGUUUCAUCCCUGCCAUUGACAAGACAUGAGCAGCAGACACGGAAACCCUCCGGACUGAGACACUGACCGUGAGGCUGAGUUGAACCCCCCCUCCCCACCAUCCCUUCCGGACUGCCUGGCUGAUACACGCCGUGAGACGCGCUACCUGUCCGGGCGUGAGGAGGCGAGACGCGCCGGUCUACCUCCUUCCAGCUGGACCUCCAAGAAAGGUGGAUUUAGAGACACUGGGUGCCUUACUUUGUUUCGCAGGACUUCUUCAAAUCGCCCAUUCACAUCUUUGAGGAUGGAUCUCGCCCCAGUCUCCAUCGUCUUGUGCCUGCUGGCUGUAUGCGUGUGCGCGGAUAAAGCUAAGACCUGCGCCGAGGUUCGCCAGUUCUACAGCGGCAAAGGCUUCACGCUCAACGGGGUGCCCCACUCGGAAAUAUCCGGUGAGCAUCUGCGAGUGUGUCCGCAGGGAUACACCUGCUGCACAAGUGCCAUGGAGGAGACCCUGUCCAACCUGAGCCGCAGGGAGUUUGAGGGGCUGGUCAGAGAGGCCGGACGCUCCAUCCAAGCUUCACUCAAUGCCCAGUACAGGAGCUUCGACACAUAUUUUCUGGAGCUCCUGAACGGAUCUGAGCGCUGGCUGGAGGAGGCUUUUGUUAAAGCUCUGGGUACCGUGUAUGGGCCCAAUGCGGGGGUCUUCCGGGACCUCUACUCGGACCUGCGGCGGUAUUAUAGAGGUGCGGCGCUGAACCUGGAGGAGGCGCUGGAUGAGUUCUGGGCGCGUCUGCUGGAGCGUCUGCUGAAGGCCUCCGACCCGGCUGCUGCCUCCCUCAUCUCAGAUGACUUCUUGGAGUGUGCGUCCAAGCAGACCGAGACGCUGCGUCCGUUCGGUGAGGCUCCUCGCGAGCUGAAGGGCCGGCUGGUGCGCGUGUUCAUCACUGCCCGCACCUUCGUCCAGGGCCUGAACAUGGCUGGAGAGGUCGUGAGGAAGGUUUCUCAGGUUCCUCUGACCCCUGAGUGUAACCGUGCCAUUAUGAAGCUGGUGUACUGUCCGCACUGCCGCGGCCUGGGCAUGGUCAAACCUUGUGCCAACUACUGCAAAAACGUCAUGAAGGGCUGUCUGGCUAACCAGGCUGAUCUGGACACAGAGUGGCAGAAUCUCGUGGACACUAUGCUGCAGGUGGCCUCCAGCUUUGGCACGGAGCCAAGCAUGGACAUUAUUCUCCACUCGAUUCCCGUACGCAUUUCCGAGGCCGUGCUCCACAUGCAGGAGAACAGGGAGCUCUACACCAGCAAGGUUCUCCAGGCUUGUGGGGACCGUGGAGAGGACGGCACACAGAGCUCAGUGCCUGAGGAGCCCAAAAAGAAGGAAAGCACAGUGACGCCAUUGGAGUACAAACCCAGCUCCACAGCUGCUGUCAGACUGGAGGUGCAGGUCUCAGAUGUAUCCAGUAAACUGAAGGAGAUGCAGCUGUACUGGAUCCAGCUGCCUUCUGCUCUCUGCAACAGUAAAGCAGCGUCUGGCUCCUCCAAUGAUGACAAGUGCUGGAACGGCAUGGCCAAAGCCAGGUACCUGCCUGAGAUCAUGGGAGAUGGUCUGGCCAAUCAGAUCAAUAAUCCAGAGGUGGACAUUGACAUCACCAAGCCAGACAGGACAAUACGACAACAGAUCAUGCAGCUGAAGAUCAUGUCCAAUCGUCUGAAAAACGCCCUCGAGGGCAAUGAUGUGGAUUUCCAGGAUACAAGUGAUGACAUCAGUGGCUCCGGAAGCGGAAUGUGCAGUGAGCAGCACUGUGGCCAAGGCAAGACACCAGUAUUUGGCCCGAAACAGGGCCAAGCAAAACUGGACGCCUACGGCCCAGAGAACAAAAAAGUGAAAGGCUCUGGACGUCAGAUUCAGCCAUGCAUCUCCUUAAUCUUGCUGCUGCUCAUCAGCCUCCUGCUCAGACGGUAAUGGAAACACAGUCCAGCCAAACUGGACGAGGGGGAUUUAGGGUGGGAGUUAGUGGAAAGGGUGGAGUUCUAAGGAAAAACAGCGGUGAGCUAUCAAAAUUGCCAAAAGAAAAGUCAGAGAACGAAUGGACCUUUCAUCUCCGAGAGAGACAGAGGGAGUGAUGAAAUCUUCUUUUAUAAUUUUCUUCUUUUUUUUUUUUAAAUGUAUGUCAAGUUUUUUUUUCCUCUGUAACUUUGAAUGUCAAAAAAAAAGUAACAACUUAGAGAAGAGUGGUGGUUUUUUGUAAUGGUACACGUUUUUCAAGCCUCUUAAGCAAUCCACCCAAGCCAUCACUUAGUUGCCCCGUGUUUCAUUUCACAAUGCUCGAGUCAUACUUACACAACUGUUCUUCUUUCGAGCACUUCACAAAUAAAAAUCAUAAUCAUGAACAUGCCUUUAAGGAACGAUCAAACACCUGUCCCACAAUUUCAAGUGAUAUAAAGCAAUUAGGUUAAGUAAAAUUAGGCAUUCCCUGAUUAAGCAGUCAUGGGAUUAUGUCAUUUUGCUUUAUGCCCUUAUUGUUUCUAGAUUUGGAUUCAGAACAAUAAAUGUAUGAUAUGUGAAGGUGGAUGUAAAAAAAAAAAACAUUCCUCAAUUCAAAAAUGAUUGUAACGAACUUUUUUCAGCAGCACAAUAACAGCUGGUGUAUCUGGAAGGUCUUUAAGUGACCUACUUACAACACGUGUUGUACUUUAGGGAGUUAAAAUGUAAGUGCAUGUAUUUGCUAUGAAGAGGCUGUGACUUUUGCUGAAAAGUCAUUUUUACUAAAAUAUUUUGGAAAACAGAAGAUUACAACUGUUGAAACAAGGGAGUCAUGAAAGAACUAACUGGAAUCUACAAUACAAACCACUUUCAGCUUGCACAGUAAACGACAGCCUAUUUUACAAUGUAUUGAUCUUGCUUGGAUUUAGUCUUUGAAGUGGUGGUUUGGCCAAAAAUUAAACAUAUACAAUUAUUUUUUUUUUCAGUUUUUCUUUUGCCACUAAGCCGGGAGGGUGAAGGCUAGCUUGUGCUUGUGAGAUAUGUUAACCACGUCAUUUCAAACUGCUGCUAACACAGCAUGAUUGUGCAGCUCAACAUGCUUGGAGGAGAACACUAACUGCUAAUUUGGUUGCAUUAGCCAACAUACGCCCACAUUGGUUAGCAUUGUGCUGAGUGAUGGGCGUGAAGAGGGCCAUCCUACCCACUUUGAGAGAGUGAGACUAGCUAUGCUGGCUUGGAAUCCCAGGUAUAAACAGCUAGAGAUUGGGGGUUAACUCUAAGACUCAAUGCGUCUUAUGAAAUGUAUUCAUACAUUUUUCAUAACCGAAUGUUUUAAAACAGAACAGUAAAAUAAAAGCCUGGAGGCGAGGCGGGGUCAGUGUGGAGUCAGUACAGCUUAGGAAAUAUUCUGGUUCAGUUAUGUUCCCCGACUAAAGGUACUGAGACAUACCCCUGAGGGUACCACCCCAGUGACAUAAGAGGUACUGCCCCAGUGUCAGCAGUGGGGUCCAGCAGUGGACCUUCUGUCCACUUCCAUCUGGUUUAAGUCACACCCACCUCUGCUUUGAAAUUUAAAAGAAGGAAUAGUGGAUUAAUUGGUGUCAGAGUAUUGGUACCGGUGAACGAUACCCAACCCUAAUAAUGUUACUGUCUGAAGUUUGCUUGUAUAAAUUUGCACAGGAGCUUCAAGGCUAAUGUAGCUAUCAAGUAAUGGAAGCUUAUAACCACCGAGUAAGCCCUGUGUAACCAUGUCAAUUAUAUAUAUGGACUCUUUUUGAUUUUUGGCCAAACCAUUUAGAAGAAAUGUUAACACCUGCAGACAAAUAUGAAAACCUGCAGGUGCUUUUUUUUUUUUUUUUUGGACCUGACCUGAGUUGAAUAACCCCAAAGACCUGGUUUAGUUAGAUAGGUAGGAUGUAUUAAGCUAAAAACAUACUAUACAUGUGGAAUGUCAGCUCAUUGAAUGUUAACCGAUGAGUGAGAUGUGUCAAAUGUUAAAUAUCCGUUGGAUAGUUACAGAUGAGUCCAUGUAGCUACAGUCAGUGGAACAUCAAAGACAAAUGCACAUAAUACGCCCUUCGUCAGCAACACUAAUCACAGUGAAUGAAUGUUGAGGAGAGGUCAAGCGCAGUUGAUUUGCAAUUUGGAGAUUUGUGAUAAAUUUCGGAGCACAUGUUUACUGGAGCACAUUUGAGGGAUGCUGGGAUGUUUUGAUAGCUGUUUUUUGUUUUGCAUUUUGAUUUGAGAGCGCAUUUUUUUACCACUGCAAAGCUGCAUUGCCUCGCAUCAUUCACUGUCCAGAAUCCUUUGUUAUGAAUGAUGCUUUCACUUUAAUACUUUCUGGAAAAGAAAAAUCGACCUGACUGUGGCACACUGUUGACAUAUUCUUGUAGGCUUGCCAAUAGACUUUUACAAGUUUUUGGUGCGCACCGAAUGUAACCGUCAUACAAAGAUUGACAAAAAAAAGUGUAAAGGUCCGUCAGGUUCUGUAUCGUCACCAUGCUUUAUUUUAAAAAUCGUAUAAAUCCAUAACACAAAAGUUUGCCCACUGCCCUGUAUUUACAGACGUGCUGACGUUUAAUGGGACUCUGUAUGAAAUGUCUUUCUCUCACCUACAUAGUCUUUGUAUCACAUCUCAAAUAAAGCUGUAAUUUUCUUUGGGGUCAUGCUG